CCCCUCACCUGCCCGCCCGGGACCCAGCUUUGCAGGUAAUGUUCAAAAAAGAGGAAUAUAAAUGAGUGGAGGAGCCCUCGUGGAGGGAAAGAUUACUGACACAGAGGAAAUCAACUCAAGAAGAUGAAGCCUAAUAAAGGAAAGACCUGCACUAGGGAGAGAGACUAUGUAUACAAAUUCAAUGCUGGAAAUCAACAUUUAGUGCUUACCGUGCCUCUCAAAUUCCCUGUGCAAGAGAAUAUUAGUCAUUUGCAUGGACGUCUAAUGCUUCUGCACAAUCUGCCAUGCUUUAUAGAAAAUGACCUGAAGCAAUCUCUUAGUAAGUUCAUAGAAGAGGAAACUAUAAAAGAUUAUGAUAGAGAAGCUGAAAUGGCUCUGGAAGCAGUGAAAUCAGGAAAAGUAGACAUAAACCAGCUGGCAGAUACUUGGGCUAAAGCUUAUAAAGAGACAACGUUAGAAUAUGCAAAACCUGAAGAAACCAGCUGGGAUGAAGAUUUUGCAGAUGUUUAUCAUGAUCUGAUACAUUCUCCAGCUUCUGAAAUGCUGUUAAACCUGGAACACAAUUAUUUUGUUAGUAUCUCAGAACUAAUAAGUGAGAGAGAUGUGGAAUUGAAAAAACUACGGGAAAGGCAAGGAGCUGAAAUGGAUAAGGUGAUGCAGGAGCUAGGGAAAUCGCUAACAGACCAAGAUGUAAAUUCAUUAGCAGCUCAGCAUUUUGAAUCUCAGCAGGAUUUGGAGAACAAAUGGACCAAUGAAUUAAAACAGUCUACUGCUAUCCAGAAGCAGGAAUAUCAGGAAUGGGUGAUAAAGCUUCAUCAGGACCUAAAGAAUCCCAACAACAGCUCAAUCAGUGAUGAAAUUAAGGUUCAGCCCAGCCAACUGAGAGAAUCUGUAGAAGGAAAUGGAAGAAUUUAUGAAGAGCAAAGGCUGUUAGAAGAAAGUUUUACUAUUCACUUGGGAGCUCAGUUGAAGACCAUGCAUAACUUGAGAUUACUGAGAGCUGAUAUGCUGGAUUUCUGUAAACAUAAGCGCAAUCAUCGAAGUGGAGUAAAACUUCACAGACUUCAAACUGCAAUGUCUCUCUAUUCAACUUCUCUCUGUGGUCUGGUUUUAUUGGUAGAUAACCGUAUCAGUUCAUAUAGCGGCAUCAAAAGAGAUUUUGCAACUGUUUGCCAAGAAUGCACAGAUUUCCAUUUUCCUGGAAUUCAAGAACAGCUUGAAAUUGUCCAGAAGGUUGUACUUAAGGCCAGAGCACAGCGUAGCAGUAAGUCGAAAAGACAUCAUGAAAACAAAAGUAGUGGAAAUGAAGAUAAAUUAAAGAAUAUUGAACGAAACCAGUCAAAUAUUUUGCCGGGAGAAUUCUACAUCACACGCCAUUCAAAUCUUUCUGAAAUUCAUGUUGCUUUUCACCUCUGUGUGGAUGAUAAUGUAAGAUCCGGUAAUGUAACUGCUCGGGAUCCUGCAAUCAUGGGACUCAGAAACAUUCUUAAAGUUUGCUGCACACACGACAUUACUACCAUUAGUAUUCCUCUCCUAUUGGUGCACGAUAUGUCAGAAGAAAUGACCAUUCCAUGGUGCUUGAAGAGGGCGGAGCUUGUGUUCAAGUGCGUCAAAGGUUUCAUGAUGGAAAUGGCCUCGUGGGAUGGAGGAAUUUCUCGGACUGUACAAUUCUUGGUACCACAGACAAUUUCUGAGGAAAUGUUUUACCAACUGAGUAAUAUGCUUCCGCAAAUCUUCAGAGUGUCCUCUACAUUGACUCUGACCUCUAAGCACUGAAUUUUGUGCAGCAGUAAGAUGUAUCCUGUUGACAAAGGAUGAGAUUACAGAGAUUCUGGACUGGAAUGUCUCUCUUCUGAGGGAUGAUGACCCUAAAGUGGUAUUUGUUGCAAUUUGAAGAAUCAUGUCGUCAUAAUAAAAGAUAAGCGCUGUCUGUA